GUUUUUCUUGUUUUGGUAGGGACCUUUGAGGGACUGAUUUCAUCAUCAUGAUUGACCUGCUAGGAGAUUCGAGCCUGGCACAGGUCAACGGUUUGACCAUCACAGUCACACUAGGUGUAGUGGCUAUCUCCCUGGCCCUUUGGACAAUGGUCAGACCUAGGAACUUCCCUCCUGGACCGAAAGGACUUCCUAUUGUUGGAAGCCUCUUCUCAUUGGACGAAAGCCUGGAGAAGAUUUUUACUGGCUGGAUCAAACAGUACGGUGAUAUCUUUGGUUUUAAGCUUGGUGAACACUGGAUGGUCGUCUUAAAUCAUCAAGAGAUCAUCAAGAAAGCUCUUCUCAAGCAAAGUGUCCAAUUUGCAGGUCGUCCAAGAUCCCCGUCAGGUGUGUACAUGUAGACUCUGCAGUUGUCUACCAUA